ACACACACAACCUCAGUCUUGAGACAAAGCUAAAACUAAAAACAAAGAAACAGAGAUGGGUUUGGUUACAGAGGAGGUGAGAGCUAAGGCAGAGAUGUACACCGGAGAUGAGAUAUGCAGAGAGAAGACAAAGUGUUUCCUCAAGGAAAUAUCUAUGCCCAAUGGCUUAUUACCAUUGAAGGAUAUAGAAGAGGUUGGGUAUGACAGAGAGUCAGGUGUUGUAUGGCUGAAGCAGAAGAAGAGCAUCACUCACAAGUUCACAGAGAUCGAUAAGCUUGUCUCCUAUGGAACCGAGGUCACAGCCAUUGUUGAGACCGGGAAAAUCAAGAAGCUCACUGGAGUCAAAGCCAAGGAGCUUCUUAUUUGGGUCACUAUCAAUGAGAUCUAUACUGAGGAACCCCCUACCAAGAUCACGUUCAAGACACCGACCACACUGUCCAGGACUUUCCCGGUCACAGCUUUUACAGUACCUGAAGAAGAACCUGCCAAGGAGGAACCUGCCAAAGAGGAACCUGCCAAAGAGGAACCUGCCAAGGAGAAGAGCAGCGAAGCCACCGAGGCCAAGGAGGCUGUUGCAAUCAAGGAGGCUAUCGCAGUCAAAGAGGCGGCCUAAUCAAGCCUCUGCUUCAGCAGUUAAAAGAGACCCGAAUUUUUAAGUGUACUUUAAGAAUUUGAACAAAUCAUGGAGAGUUAGUGUUUCUCACUGCUCUUACUAUCAUGUAUUAUUACCUAUCACUUGUUGCUGCUUGUUUUACCUGUAAUAAGAUAUCAAUUUCAUC